GCUGAUGGUGGCACUGGGAAUCAAGACCAAGCAGAGGAGCAGGAUGGUAACACAUCUAGUGUGGCAUUAGGAGAUGCAUCUGAUGGAUCAGCCAGUGCUGAUGGUGGCAUUGGGAAUCAAGACCAAGCAGAGGAGCAGGAUGGUAACACAUCUAGUGUGGCAUUAGGAGAUGCAUCUGAUGGAUCAGGCAGUGCUGAUGGUGGCACUGGGAAUCAAGACCAAGGAGAGGAGCAGGAUGGUAGCACAUCUAGUGUGGCAUUAGGAGAUGCAUCUGAUGGAUCAGGCAGUGCUGAUGGCAAAGAUGCCAAACAGAGUGAGGAUGCCAAAGAGGGAAACAAUUCCAAAGAGGGCAAAGAUGCCAAAGAGGGAAACGAUUCCAAAGAGGGCAAAGAUGCCAAAGAGGGAAACAAUUCCAAAGAGGGCAAAGAUGCCAAUGAGGGCAAAGAUGCCAACGAGGGCAAAGAGGGCAAAGAUGCCAAAGAGGGCAAAGAGGGCAAAGAUGCCAAAGACAGCAAAGAUGCCAAAGACAGCAAAGAUGCCAAAGAGACUAAGCAGGACAAAGAGAGCAAAGAUGCCAAAGACAGCAAAGGUGCCAAACAGGGCAAAGAUGCCAAAGAGGGCAAGGAUGUCAAAGAGACUAAGCAGGACAAAGAGAGCAAAGAUGCCAAAGACAGCAGAGGUGCCAAAGAGGGCAAAAAUGCCAAAGAGACUAAGCAGGACAAAGAGAGCAAAGAUGCCAAAGACAGCAAAGGUGCCAAAGAGAGCAAAGAUGCCAAAGAGACUAAGCAGGACAAAGAGAGCAAAGAUGCCAAAGCUAGCAAAGGUGCCAAACAGGGCAAAGAUGCCAAAGAGACUAAGCAGGACAAAGAGAGCAAAGAUGCCAAAGACAGCAAAGGUGCCAAGGAGGGCAAAGAUGCCAAAGACGUCAAAGAUGCCAAAGAUGUCAAAGAGAGCAAAGAUGUCAAACAGCACAAAGAAAGUUUUCAAGCCUCCACUGGUGACGGUAGAUCAAGUUCAGAUGAUAAUUACAUGACAAUAGUACUACACGCCUUGUUGGCUCCUCACUUCCAGUUUGACCCAGACGAAGACAUAGUUGUUGUCCGUGGUGGAUUCCCAAAUUUCAGUGGAUGGAAAAAAGAUCAUUUACAGAUGACACCUAUUAGACCACUUCCUGAUGGUUACAUUGUUAUAGAAGGAACUACUACCAUUCUGCUUAAAAAUGCAAGGGAAAAAAUCAAUUACAAGUAUCUUGUUUUAAAAAAAAAUGAUAACAACGAGAUGUGGGAAGAACUGAUUGACUGUCAUUCCAACAAUAAAGCCCACGUCAAUCGCUGCUUUUCUAUCCCAGAACAAUAUAGAAAGCCAAAGGGCGUAUGGCACCAAUACGAUGAUGCAGUCUUCAGUCAGCCUAAGUUUUGGGAAUCUGUUCGCAAUAAACUACCUUACUGGAAAGGCAUGGACCCCUAUGAGGGACGCGAAUUAGCUAUAGAAGCUGUGCUGCCUGAUUGGGAAUCUUUUGGCUUAGAUGAGACAUUGGGUAAAAGAAAAGGCAAAGAGGUACUAGGAACAAUAAACCAAGUGAUACACUGUAUGGAAUACUUAGAAGCUGAACUAUAUGGAAGAACAAUGCUUCGCAUCCUCAACGGUUUUUCUUUGGAUCAGGUUAUACUAUCUUACGUCGAACCAAGAUUAAAGAAGAAUUAUGAACUGGCACAGUCUACGAACGAUGAAAACGUCCAGGCAAACCGACUCGCAACAUCUCUUACCAUUGUUGCAGUUGCGUCCACCUUUAUCAGAAAGUUAUCCUUUCAUCCAACGCAAGGACACUUGGUAGCGAUGUUUGAAUGCUUGGCUCUAAAUUCAACUCUUGGAAGGCAGAGGAUAGAGAGGAUAAUGGAGAUAUUAGCCCAACACUAUCCAAGGAAAAACUGGAUGAGAUUUUCUGGGGCAAUUUCUGAACUUUGUCAGUAUGCCAUCAAUCAUUAUCCAGAUGUCCACCAGUGGCUUCUAGCAGUUCCCUUGAUGCAUUUCAUGUCUGAUGAAUCUCAGCCUUAUACAGAUGCUGCUCCUUUAUCUGAACCGACUCUACGAGAUGCCUCAUACUGGGGAACCAAUGGACUAGAUGUUACACAAAUCCAAACGUUACCAUGGAGGUCACCUAUUGGGUUUUUAUCUCGACUGAAGCCGAUGUUCGAGGUCGAUCCCCUGCUUAGAAGGACGUUUCUGUUUGCUUUACCUUUGAGUAACCUGGGUCGCUGUGUCGUUCAAGGAGCGUUUCUUCCAUAUGAAGUGAACUGGACGCUGGCUUACAGACUACAAAACAUAAAGUACUAUAACCAGGAGGAGCUAACAUCAAUCAAUACUUGCCUCGACGUCAUGAUGAAUUCUGGGUACUUGGAUUCUGAAAAUAAAGACGAGUCUGUUUACGGCAGCCUAGAUGAGUUGACUUCUUUGGCAAAAGGAUCACUACCAGUUCUUGAGUGUCUUCUCAUACCAUUAAAAGAUGUGUUUCAAUUGGCAUGCAAAGUACUUCACUUGUUGUCCAAGUGUCUAUGGGCAAUCAAGUCUUCUGGUUCAACAUCGGAUCAAGCUGAAAGCAAUAACGCAUUUUGUGCAAGAAUUUUGAAGGAAGCGACAGAAAAAGUACAAAACCGUCUCAGUAAAUCAUUUUCCAGUAAUCUUAUUCGCGCGGCCGAUUAUUACAGAAAUGAAGAACUCAAGAUUUGGUCUGCGUUUUUGAGUGUCGAGUUUUUAGAUGAAGUGCUGCAAACAUCUUGGCAAACAAAAUUAAUGGAAAGUCUUAAAGCUCGUGCUGACAAGAUGGAUGAUAUGCAAAAGAUCGAUUUCUAUUCAACUGUGAACCUGAACCAUUUGCACAAAGAGGUUGAGAAAUGUUUCCAAGAAGCAGCCUUUGAUGCUAUCACAAGAAUCAUAGAAGCUGGAAGAGAGGCCGAACAUGCAAAAGCUUUUGCUAGUCUCACCCAGCACGACCCAAACAGCAUUCAAUCCAGACGAGUUGGUGACAUGAUGUCACUUUUACUCAAUCGUUGCUGGCCAAAAGACACUGAGCAACAAGGCAGCCUCUUGACUCAUGUAUUAACAUGGAGUCCAAUGGCGAAUUAUCUGCGAUAUUUUAGUGAGAAUUCCCUUACUCUACCCGACGAAUCACAGUUACUUCUAACACGUACCACUAGUUGUCUCGAGGAUAUCCACCGUAUGGUAUCCGAUGCCUCAGUCACAGUAAACACUCUGCGCAUCCUUAGAGGCAAAGAGGAUAAGUACUGCGAACUCUUAGAGAUAAUGAGAUAUUCUAUUGGCGACAGUGAUGAAGAUAGUGAUGAAGAUAGUGACGAAGAAAGCGAAGAAGAUGACGAACAAGAUGAUACCAAUAAAGAUUUUGGGAGGAUUUACAAAAAAGCCCGAGCUACUCUGCAGACACGACUUGAUGAGCUGGCGGCAUUUGAACAAGAAAGAGAACAACUACGCUCUUUUCUGGGCAUAAGUUCCAUCUUAGAGCAUGUUGAUGUAGAUGAUAUGAAAGAGAGGGUUAAUGCUGAUGUAUCCAAGGAUGAUAUUAGCGAUCUUGCUGUGCACACUUGUGGUAAAAGAUAUGGUGAAGCACAAGUACAAGUCACCUUUUUUGGUCUUUCAAAAGAGUUAAAAACAAUGAUAACAACGAUGCACACCAUUCAUAACAGCAGAAUUUUCAAUAAUAUCUGGAGAGAGAAAAUUGUAGAUUCGCAACCUGACGAACAAUUAACACUGGAAGAAGUCGUCAAACAAGUUUGGACUCCGACUUUCAAGAAAUGCAAAGACAUACUACAAGCGGUGUUGACCGGAAAUAUAACCCUCGGUGAUGUUGACAAGCGUUUUGAAGGUUUCAAAGAUCGCUACGCUGAACUUGAGCAAGAACUUGUCAUCAUGGAUGCUUGCAGUGCUACUGUUGAUGCUGGACGAAUAAAGAAACAAGUGAAUCAGAUCCGGCAGUACCACAGGCUGACCAACUAUAUAGCAGCUGCUGAUAAGAUUCUUGAAUUUGCUGAGAAAAUGAAUUUAAGAGGCGAUUUCGAUAUGGUUGACACAUUUCGGCUUCAGAUAAGUCCAGAGUCAAAGAGACAGCCGCUGAAAUCUUUACAAGAAGAAUUUAACCAGACAGGGGGAAUCCUAGGAGAAUUCACUCCUGAGAGACUACAAUGUCUAGAUGCUGUGAUGGAAUCUAAGGACUUCAUCGUAUGGUUAAAGAAAGCCGUACCAGAUCCAAGUGAAAUCAAGGUGUUGGUAGAUCUUGCCAUGAUGUCAGCUGGUGAAGGUGACAUGGAAAGUGACCGUAUCGCUGCCCUUCACACGUGUACAAGAGGCUUUAAACCACUCAUUUAUGACCUUGAAGAAGAUGAUGGCUUUGAACGUCUAGUUGAGUUAUGUAGUGACGUUUGGGAUGACUUGGAACACAACCCAAGGCUGCCAUURCAAAUGAAUGACACAAGUAGAAGACUUGAAUGGCUGAAGAAUGUUUUGGAAUUCCAUGGAUCCGUGACAAUGUCUUCUCUACAGCAAGUAGAAACUAUAAUGAAACAUGGAACAUUAACCAUUGGUUGCCAUGSAAAAGGCGAGGAAAUUAACAUYAAUACCGUGAUAAGUCUAAGAGUACCACCAGAAAAUGUGAAAGGCAUGCAAAAAGAAACUUACAGUUUAGAGGAUCUUAAAGAUCUGCAGAGC